AUGUGGCAACCUUUUCUGGCUAACCUGCUGUUUCUCCUCCUCCAAUUGAAAUUUUGCCUCUCGCUGAGACAGUGCAAAUGGCAUGCUGCACUUAACGCCAUUGAUAGGCUUGGAGGGGCCCGAAAGAGCUACAUCAAUCAGGAGGAAGUUCGUAAUGUGGCCACAGUCUUCAAAGAACUAAUAGAUUCAACAAUAGACCCCAACGACAAAGAUGCACAUUACUAUGGAUUUCCAUACUACCUGAAAAUUGCUCUGGCUUGCACCUCUCGGCCUACAGACAUGGCUAUUCGGGUGGGCCACUACAGCGGAUUGAGACCAGUUGUGACAGUCAGUUUUGAAGAACCCGUCAAUGCCGUACGCCAAAAACAAGAAAGGUUACGGAUUGAAAUGAAGGCUGCUCCUUACCGGGUGACAGGUUGUGAUAGUGAGGAAGUUUGCAAGAUGUUUUGGCUCACCCCCAUGCCCUUCCUGAAUGGCAGCGUUGUGACACAAGUCUUGGUGAAGAGCAAUGGCCUUGGCCUCCCUAUAGACAAUAGGAGGUUCUACUUUAAUAUUAAUGGAUUUAUGGAACCCGCCCAGAAAACGGAGAAAUUCAGGAUUGGGAAAAAGUUGUACAUCUUGAAGGGUAUCCUAUCUCUGAAAGACCCAUCGCGUCCUUUGUGGGCUACUUACCAGCGAGCGCCUGUGCUUAUCCUGGGAGGCAUCCCUGAGAAGAAAGUUGUCCUCAUCUCAGAUACAGCCUUCGAAACGUACCACCCAAUAGAGGUGGGCAUUGACAGCUGCUGGAUCGGCUCCAUUUCAUGCCCGCAGGGAAAAUUCUCCUCCUCCAUUGUAGACACCAUUGCUACUGAAAGCACUCUCUUCAUCCGACAAAACCAACUGGUCUAUUACUUUACAGGGCAUUAUCCUAUUUUGCACCAAGCGACCAAAGGUUCUG